CGCGGGAGUCCAAUUCAAGACGCUGGGGGUCGGGUCAAGGGGCGCGCGCGCAGCGUUCACACACAGGUCAGCCCGGAUGCUCCUGGGAACACGUUGGACUUGCAUUCUCAAGGCACGGGGACUCAACGGGUCGGUACUCCGAAACUCAUCACGGUCUGCUGCGGCAACGACAUGUAUUCGCUUCAAGAUGAGACGAGAAGGGAAUCCGGCACAUCGGGGCAAGAUGUCGGAGGGAAUGAGGCUGAAGGGAUGGGCGUUGUCCGCGAAAGCUCUGGUGGGGAGCAGACUACUUCGGAGAAGACGCGCGAGCCACAGAGGAUGGUGAGAGAGGAGGUGGCGGAAGGAACCCUCCGCAUGAAGAGGAUGAGAGGAAAAUCGGAGGCGGUGAUGGGCGAGGAUGGAGGUGACGUCGGAGAACUUGCCUCGGGAAAGAGGCCACCGAAGGAAGAGGGUGGGACGACAAGUAAGAAAGCGAGGAGGCCCGACGGUUUGACCAUCCGCGAAGGACAAACCGUGGGUGGAGGAGAUUCGGCUGCUCCAAGCGAUGUGGCCGCGAGAGAACCUUCGGGGAAAUCGAAACGGAAAGUGGCAGCUGAAGAAGGCAAUUGCCAGAAGAAACCUCGAAGGCGGAAGACUGCUGAGGCGGCGAGCGGGGGCGAACGGCCUGACGGUGGGGAGUGCGACGAGGCGGCAGCGUUCUGGCUCGAAUACGAGCGGAACGAUGGCGGUGAAAUCGUUGAGAAGGAGUUCCCCGUCAAACUGCUCAUCGACCCCAAGAAUGUCUGCGACAUCCCGUUUUGGGAAAGAUAUUACAACCACCGCAGUCUAACUCGCGAAACUGUGGACGACAUCAAGGCUGCUAUGCUGAGUCAAUUCCGCGACAAAAAGGGGAAGAUCUGGACGAAAAACCCUUUGGUUCGGGCACCCAUCUACAAGCCGGUGACGCACAGGCCGGAGAAAGCUGACAGGGUUCACAAAGAUGUCUUCAAGCCAGAGGACAAGAACAAGUACUACUAUUACCCUGUUAACGGUCAACACACCGUGGCUGCUGUGAAGGAGUUGAAGGGUGAGCCAAUAUUCGAUUUGUGGAAGAUGCACUCGUGGCCGGCGAAAGUAGUGUGGUUCUCCGACAGGCAGUGGAUGCUGCUCGUGACGACCGGUGAUGACGUUUUUCGCAAAGUCAUGGAGUUCUACGCGAAAUGGGCGGAGGGGAAGUUGUUGAGCGGCGACAGCAAGACGCCAUUGUCGAGGCCGAGCAAAUACAUGCCAGACAAAUCUCUGGGUCUGCAAACAAUUCCGGAAAUGGGCUCGAAAGGGGCGGCUGGUGAAACGAAGAUGGGGUGGCUGGUCCGAGUCCCGCCGCCUCCGACCAAAAAGAAAACGCAAGCGGACGACAAGUUUUUCGUGGUCGUGAAGGAGCCAGACAUGUUCUGUUGGCAGUGUCUCGCCGACAUGACCGAUGUCGAGAAACUUUCGAUCCUUGACGACAUUCUCGCGCUAAGGGGGUGUUCGUGCAAUCCGCGGGCGGCCAUCUGAAGUGUCAGCAUAAACCUGGAAUUAAAGACAUGGUCGC